CCCACCCGCGGCCAGGAGGAACUAAAAAUGCUGGCCUUUGCCGCGCGGCCCCGCCCGGGUCCCGGGCCGCCUCUAGCCUCACUCUUCCAGUUGCUGCUGCUGACGGUGCUGAACGGCCCGGUGUUUGGCCGCGUCCCCCGCUCGGUGCCCAGAACUUCGCUUCCCAUCUCCGAGGCUGACUCCUAUCUCACCCGGUUCGCUGUCCCUCAGACAUACAAUUACUCUGUUCUCCUUGUGGAUCCUGCUUCCCACACACUUUAUGUUGGCGCCCGGGACACAAUCUUCGCUUUAUCCCUGCCCUUCUCAGGGGAGAGACCCCGCAAGAUCGACUGGAUGGUUCCUGAGGCUCACAGACAGAGCUGUAGGAAGAAAGGCAAGAAAGAGGAUGAAUGUCACAAUUUCGUCCAGAUUCUCCUCAUUGCCAAUGCUUCUCACCUCCUCACUUGUGGCACCUUCGCUUUUGAUCCGAAGUGCGGGGUUAUUGAUGUGUCCAGUUUCCAGCAGGUUGAAAGACUUGAGAGUGGCCGGGGGAAAUGUCCUUUUGAGCCAGCUCAGCGGUCAGCAGCUGUAAUGGCUGGGGGAGUCCUCUAUACUGCCACUGUGAAAAACUACCGGGGGACGGAGCCGAUUAUCUCCCGGGCUGUGGGUCGUGCUGAGGACUGGAUUCGGACAGAUGCCUUGCCAUCCUGGCUCAACGCCCCAGCCUUUGUUGCAGCCGUGGCUUUGAGCCCAGCCGAGUGGGGGGACGAAGAUGGAGAUGAUGAAAUCUACUUCUUCUUUACGGAGACUUCCCGAGCAUUUGAUUCAUACGAGCACAUUAAGGUCCCACGGGUGGCCCGUGUUUGUGCGGGGGACCUUGGGGGCCGGAAGACCCUCCAGCAGAGGUGGACAACGUUUUUGAAGGCUGACCUGCUAUGCCCGGGGCCUGAGCAUGGCCGGGCCUCCAGUGUCCUGCAGGAUGUGGCCGUGCUUCGACCUGAGCCUGGGGCAGGGACCCCCAUCUUUUAUGGCAUCUUUUCCUCCCAGUGGGAGGGAGCUGCCAUCUCUGCUGUGUGUGCCUUCCGACCACAAGACAUUCGGACAGCGCUGAAUGGUUCCUUCAGAGAACUAAAACAUGACUGCAAUAGGGGACUGCCUGUCAUGGACAAUGAGGUGCCCCAGCCCAGACCUGGAGAGUGCAUCACCAAAAACAUGAAGCUCCAGCAGUUCAGCUCCUCUCUCUCCUUGCCUGACCGUGUGCUCACCUUCAUCCGGGACCACCCACUCAUGGACAAGCCAGUGUUUCCAGCUGAUGGCCACCCCCUGCUGGUCACUACGGAUACAGCCUAUCUGAGAGUUGUGGCCCAGAGGGUGACAAGCCUCUCAGGGAAAGAGUAUGAUGUGCUCUACCUGGGGACAGAGGAUGGACACCUUCACCGAGCAGUGCAGAUCGGAGCCCAGCUCAGCGUCCUUGAAGAUCUGGCCUUAUUCCCAGAGCCACAGCCAGUGGAGAACAUGAAAUUGUACCACGACUGGCUCCUGGUUGGCUCCCGUACCGAGGUGACACAGGUGAACACAACCAACUGUGGCCGUCUCCAGAGCUGCUCAGAGUGCAUCCUGGCCCAAGACCCUGUCUGUGCUUGGAGCUUCUGGCUAGAUGAGUGUGUGGCCCAUGCCGGGGAGCACAGAGGGCUGGUCCAAGAUAUAGAGUCUGCAGAUGUCUCUUCGUUGUGUCCUAAAGAGCCUGGAGAACACCCAGUAGUGUUUGAGGUUCCUGUGGCUACAGCUGCACAUGUGGUCUUGCCAUGUUCCCCAAGCUCAGCAUGGGCAUCCUGUGUGUGGCACCAACCCAGUGGAGUGACUGCACUCACACCCCGGCGGGAUGGGCUAGAGGUGGUGGUGACCCCAGGGGCCAUGGGUGCUUAUGCCUGUGAAUGUCGGGAGGGUGGAGCUGCUCGUGUGGUAGCAGCUUACAGCUUGGUAUGGGGCAGCCAGCGGGGGCCCCCAAGCCGGGCCCACACAGUGGGGGCUGGACUGGCCGGCUUCGUCCUGGGGGUUCUUGCAGCAUCCCUGACUCUCCUCCUGAUUGGUCGGCAUCAGCAGCGACGGCGACAGAGAGAACUUCUGGCGAGAGACAAGGUGGGCUUGGACCUGGGGGCCCCACAAUCUGGGACCACAAGCUACAGCCAAGACCCUCCAUCCCCUUCUCCUGAAGAUGAACGGCUUCCCCUGGCCUUGGCCAAAAGGGGUAGUGGUUUUGGUGGCUUCCCUCCACCCUUCCUGCUGGAUCCUUGCCCAAGCCCAGCCCACAUUCGGCUAACUGGGGCUCCUUUAGCUACAUGUGAUGAAACAUCCAUCUAGAUCCAGACAAAUAACCACCAAUGUAUGAGUGAUGACUGGAAUGGAGUGAUCACUGAGAUGCCAGGUGUCACAGGGCCUGGAAGACCAUCAUAGCCUCUCAGUUCUCUCUGAGUCUGAGUGAUCACUUGGACUCCAGUGUCUGUCAUCUCUGGGUCUGGGUGGGCUUGGGGCUAGGCCUUUGCCUGAUUCCUGAUUCCCAUGAGAGAUCAGAAUUUCUCUCUGCAGGAAAUUGGGGCUCCUCCCACCUCUGAACCACUGGUGACCCUUCGGCCCUGGCCCCCUAUCUUGGUUCCAUUAGUUUUGGGGACAGGGCACAGGACACAGCCAUGAUUUUGCAUUUUAGUUGGGUCCUGGCCAGAAGGAAGAGCCAUGGAGGUGGUUGGGGACUAAUGUGCACUAAGUCCUCGGGGUGGUUUUGCUGAUUCUCCCAGUUUAUCUGAUUCUCUGUGGGGAGUGCAUGAUCCCCAUGUUGCAGCAUAGAAUCUCUGCUCUGAGAUCUCCCCCUUCCCAGUUUUCCUUCUGUGAAAGUGCGUGUGUAAAUACCUGGGUAUUCAUAGGAGACCUGGCCAUAAUGCAUGAAUGACUGGGCCGGUGCUUUGGGGUCCUUAUGGGGGGUAGGAAGAGGGAAGGUUGGAUGGGGGCAUUGCCUGAAGAACCUCAGACCCUGUAGCCAGUAAGGGAAUGGCCUUCCUUUCUAAAAGGAAACAAAACACUGCCCCUCUCCCCAUUGUCCCACAACCCUUCUCUAAAUUUGAAUAGAGAAAAUCUCCCAAAGUGACCUUCUGGGUGGGAAGGGCAGCAGUACAUGUGACCCCAUCCUUCUCUUUGUUUUUGCCCUGUGGCUGCCACCACUGCCAUGCCGCAGCUGCUUUCUCUGGCUGGAGUGUAGGCUGAACCCCCUCUCCUUGGCUCCCAUUAACAAUUAACUUCAUGAAUUCUAAAUAUUCGGGAAUGACAAAAGGGGAACAGUCAUAGGAAAUACAAGCAGCAUAAAGAUGGGUUUGCCUCAGUGAAUUUACUCAGGGUGACACCCUUGCCCUAAAGCAGGAGUCCCCCACCUUGGGUUCAUGGACUCCCUGAAAUUAUAUGCAAAAUGUCUAUACAUGUGUGUCUGUAUUUAUCUGGGGGAAGGUUUUAUGGCUUUCAUCAGAUUCUCAAGGCCUUAACAAAGUUAAAGAACCACUGCCCUGAGGUCACCUAUCUUUGGCCAAGCUGAAAUGGUGUCACUCUGUAGCAGUUCUUGCUGGUCUCACCCUGCCUGGAACAGAGUUUGAACAUUGGAACAGGAUGACCCCUGAGAUGCGAGGGGGUUGCUGGGCCUGGAAGACCAUCAUGGCUCCUCAGUCCUCUUUGAGUCUGACUAGCUGUGGCCAGUCCCUGGACUUGUAGCUGCUGGAGGCCUUCUUGUUUCCCCAGUCCCUGGAAGCUGGGCUCUAAGCAUAUUUGAAUACACCGUCAACUCUUGCCAAACAUCAGGACCUCUUCCUGCUUGACAGCUCCCACGUGCUCUAGGCUUCUGCUCAGUCCUGGUCUUGGCCUGUGAAUGUGCCUCGUUCAUCCCUGACGAGUGACCCCGUCAAGCUUCAAUGAAUGAUCCAGACCUUCCCAGUUGAAGUUUUCUGCUCUACUUUCCUUGACAGCAGCCUGUGAACUACUCAAAAGAGUCCCCUUGGGUUUGGAAUUAUUGGUGGCUUUGCCACUAAUAAGUAUGUGAUCUUCGGCAAGUAAUCUAACCUAGGGACAUCAGUUUACUCAUUAGUAAAGUGGGGAUAAUAAUACCUACCUCAGGGUUGCUGCAAGGAUUAAAUGGGAAAAAGUGUAAACAAUAAAGCACUAUCUAUACCAAUA